AUGUGCAUGUCCAUUUAUGGACUUCCAUCGUCUCGUAUGUAUUGGAAAACUACUACUCGGAUUCCAGCUGUUGCUGAUGUAACGAGCCGCAAUAGGUGGGAGCAGCUAAAACUAGGGCUCCAUUUCAAUGAUAACGAAACUAUAGAUCAAGCUGACACAUUGUACAAGAUCAGACCCUUUCUGGAGCCAUUGGUUGAAAAUUUUCGAAGAAUUCCCAUGAGUGAAAAAUUGUCAGUGGAUGAACAGAUGAUUCCUUUCAAGGGAAGACACACCUUUAAGAAUUACGUCAAAAAUAAACCUAAAAAAAUGGAGUUACAAGAGAUAUAUUCAGGGAAAGUGAAACAUGACCCAUCCAUACCUGAUGUAGGUGUGAGUGGAAAUGAUGUUCUGAGAUUGGCUUAUGUAAUACCUAGACACAUGUUUCACAAACUGUAUUUUGAUAAUUGGUUCACAGGAGUUCGGUUAGAAGUUGAACUAGAAAAGAUGGGUAUUCAGUAUUUAGGAACUGUGAGACCUAAUCGGCUCAAAGGCUGUAUGUUCACUUCUGACAAAGUCAUGAAAAAGAAGAGUCGAGAGAGUUGUGAGGAACAUUUAUCUAAAAUUGAUGGCAUUACUUUGAGUGCAGUAAAAUGGUAUGAUAACAAGCCUGUUCAUUUGCUCAGUACUUUUGCUGGUGCUCAUCCAACAUCAACAGUGGAGAGAUGGGACCGUAUAAAGAAAGAAAAAAUAAAUGUUGAAUGCCCCAGUAUCGUUCAAUCAGUGCAUGGGUGGUUCAAUGCUUGGAUACUAUACAGAAGAGAUUGUACAGAGUGUAACGUGAGAAAACUAGAUCAGUUCAGCCUAUUGGAGUUCAAAGCUACUGUUGCUGCUUGUCUUUGCAAACAGAAUAAGGAUGGACAGAAAAAAAGAGGAAGACCUAGUAGUUCGUCAAUGGAAACUGCAAUUCAGUUGAAGAAGAAAACUGGGUCAGCAGCACCACUGCCUGAAAAAGAAGUGAGGAAGGAUGGAAUUGGCCACUGGCCUCAAUUUUCAGAAAAAAAGAGGUCGUUGAAAAAACCAGGAUGUAAUGGUGCACCAAAAGUGUUUUGCACAAAAUGUAAAUUCAUGUCAGAAACUAAAAAUAACCAGAAUAUUGCUGACAUUAAAAUCCAUUUUUAA